AUGGAAAGCCCUCCUACUCCUUCUUACGUCGUGGUUGCAUGUGAUGCCACAAGGGACCGCACUGAAAACGAGAUCAAACUCGUUGCUGAUCAUGUCCGGGCCAGGGGUUCCUUUCUCUCUCAUGGUGACAAGCUGCUUGUGCUUUGUGUGUUGCACAAAGUGUCUCACCCCAUGGGGUACCAGACAUUAGCAUGUCCCGAGUCAUUUGCUGGAACCAACUUUCGUACAAUGGAGGAAGAAGUCAAAAAGAAAGUUGAUACGUAUGCUAGUGAGCUUUUAUCAUGUUAUGAAGAUUUUGAAAGUGAAGGGGCUACUAUUGAAAUUAAAGUCACGGCAGGAUUUCCAAUUAAACAAGUUGUUUUACAGGAGAUUACAAACUAUAAUGCAUCGUGGAUAAUACUUGACAGGAGUUUUAACUUUGAUGCAGGCAUAAGCAUUAAAGGAGAAUAUAGGUAUCUCACCAGUUCUCAGAUUGACCAUAAGCCAAACCAAAGUGACUUUCUGCCAAAACAUUCAGACGCACCGCUUCUUUGUACUGGCUGUGGGACAAGAACUGAGUUAUCUAUCUCAGACUCAAUGAAGUUCAACUACUCUGACAUACAACUUGCAACAAAUGACUUUUCAAAGGACAACUUAUUAGGUGAAGGUGGCUACGGUCACGUAUACAAGGGCGUGCUUAAAGAUGGACAGCAAAUUGCGGCAAAGGUAAGGAAAGAAGAAAGUUCACAAGGAUUUUCUGAAUUUCAUUCUGAGGUCUACGUCUUAAGUUUUGCGCGACACAAGAAUAUAGUGAUGCUGUUGGGUUAUUGUUGCAAAGAAAGGAAAAACAUCCUCAUUUAUGAAUAUAUUUGCAACAAGUCUCUCCAUUGGCAUUUAUUUGAAAAUAAUGCAGCAGUUCUUGAGUGGCACCAGAGGUAUGCUAUUGCCAUUGGGAUUGCUAAGGGAUUGCGUUUUCUACACGAGGAAUGCCGUGGUGGUCCUAUUAUUCAUCGGGACAUGCGACCAAGCAAUAUACUUCUCACCCACGAUAUUGUUCCCAUGCUAGGUGACUUUGGCCUUGCUAAAUGGAAGACUGAUAAUGAAACUCCUCAAACAAGGAUAAUGGGCACAUUAGGAUACCUUGCUCCUGAGUAUGCUGAAGACGGUAUUGUUUCUGAGGGAACAGAUGUGUACUCUUAUGGGAUUAUCCUGUUACAAUUGAUAUCAGGACGCCAGGUGGGCAAUUCCAACAAUCCAGAACAACAACAAUCUCUCCGACAAUGGGCUGAGCCAAUGAUAGAGAAGUUGGCGUUACAUGAACUGAUUGACACUCGUCUAUCGGAAUCAUAUGACACCUAUGAACUGUACCUCAUGGCCAAAGCAGCAUACUUCUGUGUGCAAAGGAAGCCUGAGAUGCGUCCCUCAAUGGGAGAGGUUGUGCGACUUCUCGAGGGAGAAAGUAGCCACUUCCACUCUUUGGAAGAUCAAUUUGUACCUAAUUUUAACGGCUAAGCUUCAUCUCUGCAUACUAUGUGUGUAGUCACUUUAUUUUCUUUCUUUUUGUGUAUUUAGCAGAAACUUCGGUUU